AUGCCAAAGGUAACGAAACGAAAAGCAAGAAAGGCUGAGUCAACUGACGAAGAAACCGCUGACCAACCAGUCAUUACAGUUGUUGAUAAGACACCGAAAAAGGCCGUGAAACGAAAGGCAUCCAGUUCAGUAGAUAAAAACGCGAAAAAGGUCUCAUGUACCAAUGAAGUAUCGACACUUGAAGAAGCUACCCAAGAACUUGAAGAUGAGGAAGUUCAAUUGCCAAAGACUAUGACAUUAAAAGCUUCUAGUCGUCUGUCGCCUAAAGGUGAAAAGGCCACGUUGAAAUUAGUGUCAUGGAAUAUAAACGGUAUUCGCGGUUGGUUGGCAAAUGGUGGAUUGAAAUAUAUUGAACAAGAGAAUCCCGAUGUAAUCGGUUUCCAAGAAUUGAAAUGUGAUAAAGAAAAAAUCCCGAACGAUGCAACACCAACGGGUUACAAAUCCUAUUGGCUCUCUGGUGAUACAGCGGGUUAUUCCGGUGUUGGUCUUCUGACUAAAAUCGACCCAAUUGAUGUGAAAUUUGGUAUUGGAAAUGCUGAACACGAUACUGAAGGACGUGUCAUUACUGCUGAAUAUGAUAAAUUCUAUUUUGUCGUUUCGUAUAUACCAAAUAGCGGUCGUAAAUUAGUCCGUCUUGGAUAUCGUCAACAGUUUAAUGAAGCAUUUCGAAGUUAUUUGACUGAACUUGAUGAGAAGAAACCGGUGAUCUGGUGUGGUGACCUAAAUGUAUCACAUCAGAGCAUCGAUUUAGCAAACGCCAAAUCGAAUACAAAAACAGCUGGAUAUACUCAAGAAGAGCGUGAUGAUUUUGCAAAGAUUCUCGCCGGAGGUUUCCUUGAUUCAUUUCGCCAUCUUUAUCCUGAAGAACGCGAUGCGUACACAUUCUGGUCGUACUUUCGAAAUGCUCGUGCACGAAAUAUUGGCUGGCGAUUAGAUUAUUUUAUCAUUUCUUCUCGAUUACAAGAGAACCUCUGUGAUGUGAUACAUCAAACGGGUGUUUAUGGCUCAGAUCAUUGUCCCAUUGUUCUGUUAUUGUCAUUUAAUAUAUUGAAGAUUCUUGAUAAAUACUCGUAUACCAUUCCGCCAUCGUUUCCUCAAGAGGCUGUUUUAAACAAGUUUGAUUUAAUCUAUUUUGAUAUUUUAUCUAAGGGCACAUGCUUUCAACUGUUGUUGAUGGGAUGUAAGAAUUCGAAGCAUGAAUUAUCCAAAGGAGACCUUGAAUUUUUAAAAACCCAUACAUCAUACUCCGAAAAGAAAAUCAAAACUUGGUACCGAGGUUUCAUGCGAGAUUGUCCCAACGGUGAAUUGACACGCGAUUCAUUUAUUCAAAUAUACAGGCAAUUUUUUCCCAAAGGUCGUGCGGAAAACUUCUGCGAACAUGUCUUUCGUGCUUUUGACACUGAUAAUAGCGGAAAAAUUGACUUUAAAGAGUUUCUGCAAGCAAUUAACAUCACGUCCCAAGGUACACCUGAUAAAAAAUUAGAUAUGGCAUUUCGGAUGUAUGAUUGUAAUGGUGAUGGCUCGAUUGAUCAAACGGAAAUGAGACGUAUCAUAGGCGCUAUUUACGAGCUAAUUGGUGAUGAAAUCGAUAAACGAGAACGGCAAAUUGAAGCGGAAGAGCGUGCGAUGAAUAUAUUUACGAUGAUGGAUAAAAACUCGGAUGGGAUAUUGAGUCGAGAAGAGUUCGUCGAUGGAUGUUUGAAUGACGAACAACUUUAUCAAUUAUUAACACAAUCGAGUCGAUUGGGUGACGGUCGAGGAUCGCAGUCGUCACUCGAAGAUUAUCGAACUUCGCAAACGAGAAUUCUUUUUGUUAUCAUAUAUUUUUCUGUUCCAUAUCGAACGGUAACUGAAACUUUACACAGCUCAAAACAAUGGCUAAAGCAGUUGAGUGUCGAGAUUACCGAGACUAUCAUAACGACACUUGCACAUUUAUUCCUCGUAUUUUGUGUCAUUGGUGAUAAACUGCUUGGUCUUGGCUUAACCGUUUUAGCUGGCUGGUUAUUUGUUCUCUUUGUUGCAUUGGGUGUAACUGCAGAUUCUUAUUUUUGUCCUGCCCUUCGUGUUAUCGCUCGAGUUCUUAAAUUAUCAGAAAACAUUGCGGGCGUUACAUUCCUUGCUUUUGGUAACGGUGCACCGGAUAUAUUUUCUGCUAUAGCAGCUGUGAGUAGUGCUAAGGGUGGUGAUGUUGGUUUAGCCUUUGGUGCUCUUUUCGGUGCGGGUGUAUUCGUUACUACAGUUGUUGCUGGCACAAUAUGCCUCGUUACACCAUUUCGUUCGAUUCAACGACCAUUGUUACGAGACAUCAUCUUUUUCAUCAUUGCUUCAUUUGGUGCCUAUGUGGCAAUGUACGAUGGAAAGAUAUACUUUGCCGAAAGCUUGGGCUUUAUUAUUAUGUAUGUCGUGUAUUUGAUUGUUUUAAUCGGUGGAUACUUCGUUAAUCGACGAAUCAAAGAUCGUCGAGCAUUAUUACAAGCUGCACAUACAGAAGCAGCUGCUAAAACUUACGGUUCAAUUCAAACACCGGAAACAACAGCAGUAUCAGUUGACGAAGUCGAAACUGCUAUUCCCGAUGAAAGCUAUGUUCAACCUGACGUUUCACUUGCAUUAUAUCUUCGUCAUGCAUUUCUACCAAGAGAUGAUGUUCCAUGGUCUGAGAGAGGCAAAUGUGGUAAAGUUCUCUCAAUUGUCAAGUUACCCGUCAGUCUAAUCCUUCAUUUCACAGUCCCAUUGGUUGACUAUGAAAAGCCAGAACAUAAUUGGAAUAAACUUUUGAAUUCAUUCCAUCUUCUUUCGGGUCCUUUGGUUGUGUCACUGUUGACCCAAUUGGGCUUUUAUAAAAUUGCGAACGUUUUUCCGAUAUGGGCUGUUGUCGCUAUUGUUGGAACAAUACUUUGUUUCGCAAUGUUAAUCGUAACUGAGCAUCACUCGAAACCGAGAUACCAUGCGGGUUUUGCCUUUCUUGGUUUCGCUGUAUCUGUUGUUUGGAUUUAUUCAGUUGCCAAUGAAAUCGUUAAUUUAUUAACAACAUUUGGUAUUGUCUUCGAUAUCAGUAAUACCAUUCUUGGUUUAACUUUUCUCGCGUGGGGAAACAGUCUGAGUGAUUAUGUUUCCAAUGUUGUAUCAGCUCGACAGGGUUAUCCAAACAUGGGUAUAUCAGCUUGCUACGGUGGUCCACUUUUGAAUUUUCUCAUGGGUCUUGGCCUUCCAUUUUCAUACGUCACAUUGAAAACCGGUGCACCAUUUUCUAUUGAUAAAUCCUUAUUACAAAACGUUAUCGCCUACUUUCUCUUCGGCAGUUUAGCUGGUACACUCCUAUUCAUUCCAUUGAAUAAAUUCUACUACAAUCGUCGAUUUGGUUCAAUAUUAAUCAUCUAUUAUGUCAUCUUCCUAGUUCUGGCUAUUCUGAUUGAAACAAAUGUUAUUGGAUAA